AUGGAACCAGAGAAGGACAAAAUACAUGAAACACUACGAGAGCGCCGGGAAGAAGAAAGAAGGUACUACGACCGUGGUGCUAGUGACCUACCAACCCUCCAUAACGCCCAAAAGUGUGACGAUGCAAAACCAGCAGACAUGCAUAGUUGGGAAAGGGCCAUCAAAUCCAAUCAAUAUUACUCGGCUGUACAAACUAAAAGGUCUUUUGAACUAAAAAAAAAAAAGUUUUUCACCUUCAGACUUAGGCAAAAGGUUUUUGAUAUCCUCUGUGCCCAACAAAGCACGUCAUGGACAUUACUAGAGAUGACAAAAGGAUAUCAGACAUUAGGCCAGCUGUUUCAAGAAGUCAAAGAACGGAACAGAAUUCUCGAACUGGAACUUCAAAAAAAGCAGAUGAUUUCCAUUGCAACAGAAAUGGAAACAAAACCCGAAACAACUGGACCUCAAUUGCCUAAGGAUACAUGUUCAUCAAUGUCUGAAAAAAACAAGGCCAUUACUUCGGAAGAUGAUGAAGACACUAACAGCGUCAAAAAUUUAAGCUUAGAAUCAUCAUCGGAAAAAAUCCAUAUGUCUAAUGCUUAUUCUCUCCCUACUGAAAAUCCUGAAAUCUCUGAAUCAAAUUUGCUCUUAACAAAAAAACUCGAAGAUGCUCUGCGUUUAGUUGAUGAAUAUGGCCGAAAACGAUCCAAUGAUAAGAAACUGGUGAAAAUUCUCAAUGAAGAAGUGAAAAAGGCAAAAGACGAAUUACAUUCAGUCAUGGACAAAUUGGGAAAUGCUGAGCAAGAAAACAAGUUAAUGAUGAAGAAAAUUGCAAGACUUGAAAAAGAACGAGAUAGCAUCCCAUUAGAUAUUGCUGCCAUUAACACAGAGGUUGCCGAAGCAGAAGACUGGGUGCAUCUUCAUCAAGAAACACCACCUGUUGAUGACAAAAUGUAUGAACUCCAAAAGAAAUGUGAAGAGCUUAAACACAAAGCAACAAGGUGGGAAAACGAGCAUUUUAAUCUUCAGAUUGAAUAUACCAAACAUUUGAGUAAAUGUGAAAAUUCCUUGAAAGAAGAGCAUACCAAAAAUCAGAAACUGAUGGCCAAAAUUAAAACUCUUGAAUCAAACCAUGAAAAAGUGCUUCACCAUAACCAUUUACUGAUGGAGCUACAAUCCAAGAUGUCAGCAGGUCAAAUCAGUAAACCAAAAUAUGGUUAUCCAAAUCCCAUUACUGCUGCAAGUAAUGAAAAUCUCCUAACCCCUAACAUGGAAUGGUCUUGCAAGCAAUGCACUUUCACAAACAGUUAUCAGAGCGAAGUGUGUUUAAUUUGCAAAGCACCAAAAUCUCCAACCAGACAAGCAACUUCAAAGAUGAGCGGUCGUUGGAAGUGCAGUUGUUGUACUUACGUCAAUAACUACAAAGCUGAUGCGUGCGCCAUGUGCAAAUCCUCCAGAAAAUCUUGCCAGUGGGAAGAAAAUGAACACUUGAGCAAACCCCAAAAGUAA